UACAACUUGCAAAAUUUUGUCGGCAAAAUCAUUUUUUAUUUCUUCGGUUCUUUCACAAGUUUGGGCGACGAGUUAUGUAAACUGUCACAUAAAAGUUGGCCCAUUUCGAAAUUCCCCCAGUAAUGUUUUGGCUGAAAUCCGUACUGAGGUGCCGGCAGCAUCUAAACAGCAGGCUCUGCCAAAUCCGCUGUAACCGAAUCGAUUCCGGGAGAACUCCCGCUCUCUAUGGGGCGAAUACUCCGCGAUUGUCCAGAGACGCAUCCGCCGUUUGUAGCUCUUUUAGACUCAGACCACUAUCGAUCCGCUACAGUUGCAGCGUAAAUAUUCCCCAGCCCGCUGACAUGGCUAAUAAGACCGCGCACUUCGUCCUGCCUAACACGCAGCCCAUCGCCGACUUGGACUGUAAAACCGCCUUCGAGAACCUGACUGAGAAGGAGAAGCUCUAUGCUCACCACUUUAGCAAGGCUUCUUGGGACGGAGGCCUCAUCGCCGUCAUCCAGUCGAGUCCUGAAGCACCGCUUAUUUUCUCCUUGCUGCACCGUAUCUUUGUGGCAGAGAAGCCGUCUGAGCUGAAAGUCAAGGCUCUACAAGCAGGAGUCAGUUCUGAUGAGUACACAGGCUUCCUGGUCUAUGCCUGCGGUGUGUUCGCCAACGCGGGCAACUACAAAGGAAUGGGCGAUAGCAAGAUCGUGCCCAAUCUGCCCGAGGCGAAGUUUGAAAGCAUUGUACGUUCCUCAGCUGCCUACGCAGCCGAGCCACGAGUGGGUAAAAUCUUCGAAAAAGUCAAGGACUUGGUAUAUGCGCUGGAGUCGCGAAACGAGAUAUUGGGAUUUGCUCCUGAUGGGAUAACUACGUACUGGUCGGACAACUGCACCAAGGAAGAUUCUGUGAUUGUCAACAAGUGGCUAACCUCCAAGCGCAUAGAACCCUACAUGUGCCGCACGUUUAAGGUGCUAGAAAAUGGUCAAACCAUCUACGAUGUCAAGUUGGGAUCAGUGGCGGAAUCCCCGCAGGACGGGAUCACACUGCCGCUGGAGGAGUUCAAGGGCAACAAGUUCAGAGUGACCCGGGGAGACUACCGAAAGCUCCUGCAGCGCGUCAACCAGCACCUGUUGGAGGCCCAAAAGUACGCGGCCAACGAUAAUGAGUCCAAGAUGAUCGAGCACUACGUUCGGUCCUUCGAACAGGGCUCGCUUGCCGAACACAAGGACGGCUCGCGCUGGUGGAUCAAGGACAAGGGGCCUGUUAUUGAGACAUACAUUGGCUUUAUUGAAACCUACAGAGAUCCGGCUGGAGGUCGCGCCGAAUUCGAGGGCUUUGUGGCCAUGGUAAACAAAGAGAGCUCCGCGAAGUUUUCCGAACUUGUAAAUCGAGCCGAGAAGCUUGUGGAGUACCUGCCCUGGACGAAGCCGUACGAGAAGGAUUCCUACUUAAAGCCUGACUUUACCUCCCUCGAUGUCCUUACCUUCGCAGGUAGCGGAGUGCCUGCCGGCAUUAAUAUUCCAAACUACGAUGAAAUCCGUCAGGACGAGGGUUUUAAGAACGUCUCAUUGGGCAAUGUGCUGGCCAACAUAAACCGCAAAGACCCCAUUCCCUUUCUUACCGGAGAGGACCAGAUUUUGAUGAAGGAGUAUAAGGUAAGCGCUUUCGAGGUUCAAGUAGGUCUCCAUGAACUUCUUGGUCACGGCAGCGGUAAGCUGUUCCGGGUCGACGAGAACGGACUCUACAACUUUGACAAGGAGAACACCAAGAACUUGAUCACUGGCGAAAGCAUCUCGACGUGGUACCUGCCGGGGGAAACAUACGAUACGAAGUUUGGGGCGAUUGGAUCUUCAUAUGAGGAGUGCCGUGCUGAAGCCGUGGGACUUUAUCUCUCCCUGCAGCGGGACAUUCUAGAGAUCUUCGGUUUCAAGGACAAGGUGGAGCAGGACAACAUCAUCUACGUUAACUGGCUCAGCCUGAUUUGGAACGGGAUGGGCGUGGCCCUGGAAAUGUUUAACCCUAAGUCCAAGCUGUGGCUACAGGCCCAUUCUCGCGCCCGGUUCGUUAUUAUGAAGGUACUUCUGGAAGCUGGUGACGGGCUGGUGAAAGUUGAGGAAACCGAGGGCGGAAAGAACCUUCUGUUGACCGUAGAUCGUACCAAGAUCGAGACCGUAGGAAAGAAGGCACUAGGGGACUUUCUCACCAAACUCCAGGUUUACAAGUCGACGGCGGACAUCCAGGCGGCCAAUAAAAUGUACGAGCACUAUUCGGAGGUGAAUGACAGCGGAUCGCAUCCUUGGGCCAAGUGGCGGGACAUCUGUCUGGCUCACAAGAAGCCGCGAAUGAUCCUCGUGCAGGCCAACACUGAGGUGGGAAAGGACAACAAGGUGCAGCUGAAGACCUACGAGCCAACCCAUGAGGGCUACAUCCAGUCCUGGGUGGAGCGUUACCCCACCACGGACAUCGAUGAUCUGCUGGAAUCCAUUGCGGAAAAAGACAAGAAGUACUUUCCGACGGCCUUUGAAAAUUGAUUAUGCAUUUAAUGACUUCUUAUAGAUUUAAAUUAUGAUUUUGAAGAAAUUAUUAAAUUGUCAUUUAAUGACGAAGUACCCAUUUUCCA